CUCUCUACAUUCACACUCCCCUUUAAAUCCCCACACCCAAUCCCCUCCACAUCACAAUUCUCUAUUUCAUUUUCAAUUUACAAAAUCUCCCAUUUCUUCGCUCACCUUUAUUUUCAUCUUUUUAUAUAUCCCCAAGAACCAAAAUCUUGAACCUAUUUUACAAUAUUAUUACUAAUUCUUGAUCAAGAAAUGGCAGAGUCUGAACAAUCGGUUAGAGUGGAACCUGAAUAUCAACACAGGCUGCCGAAUUUUCUGUUAUCAGUUAAACUCAAGUAUGUCAAAUUGGGUUACCAUUAUUUAAUCUCUAACGCUAUGUAUCUCUUACUUAUUCCACUUCUCGGGAUUUCCUCUGCUCAUCUUUCCACACUUAGCGUCGAAGAUUUUGUUCAGUUAUGGAACCACCUUAAGUUUAAUUUUGUCUCUGUAACACUCUGUUCUGCUUUAAUGGUUUUCUUGGCCACUCUUUAUUUCACGAGCCGGCCGAGAAAAGUCUACUUAGUCAACUUUUCAUGCUACAAGCCGGAGCCAGAAAGAAAAUGCACCAGAGAAAUAUUCAUGGAAAGGUCAACAGUGGCCGGAACUUUCACCAGCGAGAAUUUAGCGUUUCAGAAGAAGAUUCUUGAGAGGUCCGGUUUAGGGCAAGACACGUACUUGCCGGAGGCAGUGAUGCGGGUUCCGGCGAACCCGUGUAUGGAGGAGGCGAGAAAGGAGGCGGAGGCUGUUAUGUUCAGUGCCAUCGAUGAACUGUUGGAGAAAACUGGGGUUAAAGCUAAGGAAAUAGGAAUUCUGAUCGUGAACUGUAGUUUGUUCAAUCCGACGCCGUCUUUGUCUGCUAUGAUUGUGAAUCAUUACAAGCUUAGAGGAAAUAUUUUGAGCUAUAAUCUUGGUGGUAUGGGAUGCAGUGCUGGACUUAUUUCUAUUGAUCUUGCCAAACAACUAUUACAGGUUAACCCUAACUCAUAUGCCCUAGUGGUAAGCAUGGAGAACAUAACUUUAAAUUGGUAUUUUGGAAAUGACCGAUCAAUGCUCGUCUCAAACUGCCUCUUCCGGAUGGGAGGAGCCGCCAUCCUUCUCUCCAACCGCCCAUCAGAUCGCCGCAGAUCAAAGUACCAACUUAUCCAUACAGUGCGUACCCACAAAGGAGCAGAUGAUAAAUGUUACAAUUGCGUGUUCCAAAAAGAAGACGAAAGCGACAAAAAAAGAACCGGAGUCUCACUCUCAAAAGACCUCAUGGCCGUUGCCGGAGAAGCACUCAAAACAAACAUCACCACACUCGGCCCACUAGUCCUCCCAAUGUCCGAGCAGCUUCUGUUUUUCGUAACUUUAGUCGCAAGAAAAGUCUUUAAAAUGAAAAUAAAACCCUACAUUCCAGAUUUUAAAUUGGCAUUUGAACAUUUUUGCAUUCACGCCGGAGGAAGAGCGGUUUUGGAUGAAUUAGAGAAGAAUCUUGAUCUGAGUGAGUGGCAUAUGGAGCCUUCAAGAAUGACUUUGUAUAGAUUUGGAAAUACUUCGAGUAGUUCAUUAUGGUAUGAACUUGCGUAUUCUGAAGCUAAAGGGAGAAUCAGAAAAGGAGACAGAACAUGGCAAAUUGCAUUCGGUUCAGGGUUUAAGUGCAACAGUGCUGUUUGGCAAGCUUUGAAGACUGUAAAUCCUGCGAAAGAGAAGAGUCCUUGGAUUGAUGAGAUUGAUAAAUUUCCUGUUCAUGUGCCUAAGAUUGUGUCGAUUAAUAAUUCUUCAAGCUGAGUUCGAGUUUCCGAAUUGUGAAUUGGAGAUUGUAUUUGAAAUUUGCAUGCGUGAAUGAUUUCUUAAUUUGUUUUUCUUGUAUUGUUGAAUGAUUGAUGAUCAAGCCUCUUUUGUGGUGAAGUGGAAAUUAAGAGGAGUACAAAUUCUUAAUGAUGAAAUCAAGAUAUAUCUAAUAAAAUAUCUUUAUUCUCA